UCUCUCACUCUCUGAUUGACGAGGCAACUUACAAAUGCUCCUGCAACUUUGUGUCCUUGUGUGCCUUGUCUCUGGUGUCCGUGCAGACAACGGCAACGGCAACACAUACAAUGACAACAGUACAAAAUCGAAGCGUGGCAGCAUAGAUGAACUUCUCUCCAUGGACACUUGCAGGAACUGUAUCAGCACCCAACCUAGACAAGUUGUCAUCCUUUCAAGUGGACUUGAGGUAAUGUGUGACACAGAAGACGGCGGGGGAUGGAUGGUGAUACAGAGAAGAACAAAUGGAAAUCUAGAUUUUGAUAAGACGUGGGAGGACUACAAGUACGGGUUCGGAGAUGUGGAUGUCGGGGAAUUUUGGCUGGGCAACGAGAUCGUUCACCGUCUGACGAUACUAAGACGCUACGAGCUGAAGAUUGAUUUGACGUACUACAACUUUAACUACACCGCAAGAUUCGCCAGGUUUCGCUUGUAUGGAGAGGCGGAAGGUUACAGGUUGAAGGUCAGCAACUACACUGGGGGGAAUGCCGGAGAUUCUUUUUCUGGAAAACACAACGACAUGAAGUUUAGCACUCGUGACAGGGACAACGACCUGUCAGGGGUAAAUUGCGCACAGACUUUUACCGGAGGUUGGUGGUUCAACGCAUGUCAUGACUCAAAUCUGAACGGCAAAUGGGCAAGUAAAGAGAGGCUUAAAGGUCUUAUCUGGGUCCACACAACAACGGAGUAUUAUUCGGUUGAGCGCUCUGAGAUGAAAAUUAGACCGCUUUAACGAGAUAACGUAGACUCUUUUUUGUCUUCAAGAAAUAAAAUUAUUUAAAG